UCACGCACACUAGCGCGCACACACACACACGCACACAAGCGCACACUCUCAGCAGCCCGUCAAUGGGAUACUCAGCAUACGGACUUGUUUGGAAUCCUGCAUUAACCGGUUUAGUUCUGAUUCUAUUGGGUUUGUUUUUCCCCCAAACAAAAGCGCUUCACAUUUGAUCGGGUUGAUUUAGAGGGUUGUCGCGAAAUUCCCCUUAUGACUGUGCGGCAUGGCUAGGACGCGGGCUUUUACGCAUGUCUUGGUCCUCUUGCUUCUCUGGGAAGGUUCCUGGGGACUGUACUUUCCUCAGACCAAAUACUCAGAGAGCAUCUAUGUUGGCCAGGCAGCAGGUACACCAGUGUUGCAGGUACACGCCAUGCAGGAAAAAGCUUCAGAGCAGCCGUACUUCUGCCGGUACUGGAGGAAGCUCCAGAAAACUGCUCAUUAUGAAUCAUGGUUCCAUAUCGAUGCUGUAACAGGAGUGAUCUACAUGAACAAAACUCUGGAUUGGACUGACUUUGAAUCAAUAUCUAGCAGCUCGUUUUCACAUGCAACGAGGUUGACCCUGAAAGUGGCAGCAGCUCCCAUAGCUCAGAAAACUCUAUGCACUCAGUUCUCUAAUGUGGAGAUCAGUCUUACAUUCUUCAAUGCCACAGCGCCUACCUGUGGCCAGAUAAAACUAGAGAAACUGUGCUUCCCUGAUCAAGACGUAAACCCUCACAUCAAGGAGAACCGCAUACCUGGACCACUGCGCCAGCUUCGUCGCUUUACCCAUGCAGACCUCUGCCCCAACUACACCAUCAGCUACAGGGUGAAAUCAGAGUCUCCAGUGCCAUUUGCACUUAAUGGCACCACUUCUGAGCUGGUAGUCACAGCACCUGUAGACCGUGAGGAGAAGGAGGUCUAUCAUCUGAUUUUAUUGUGUUUGAUACAGACAGAAGAUACUUUGCACACUCUUGUUACUCCUCUGAAUAUCAAUAUAUAUGAUGAGGAUGACAAUGCACCCUAUGUGAAUGGCACGGACACUGAAGACGUGCUUAUAGAAUUUAGUCGCAGUAAGGGAGCUGCAUUUGGCAAUAUGUUUGUUUAUGAUAGAGACACAACUUCUACCUAUCCCAAGGAACAGAGUCAGAAUAAGUACGUAUGGACGCUAAUGACUAAUGACUCCUGGAUUAAAGACACAUUUACAAUUCAGCAAAACUUCAGUGAGGAAAAGCUCAUCUUCGGCAAUGUGCGAGGGACAGUCUAUAAGUACAAAUUGCGUCUUAAUAGGAAUAUUUCAGUGGAUGAAAAGCGCUCAUUUCAGUUGGACUAUCUGGUCAAUGACACUACAUUUCGGGGCCCUGGAGGAACUCUGAUGCUGCAUUUCAAUGUUACCAUUUUGCCAGUUCCUAUUAGCUUCAGUAACAUCACCUACAUAUAUUUGUUGACUCGGAAGGCUAUGACCUACUCACAGAUUGGUAAAGUAUGUGUGGACAACUGCUUGAAGUUCAAGGGUAUUGAAAUUGCAUACCAUUUAGAGUUGGGUGACAGGAACAUCUCAGCUAACGUUCAGUCCUGCUACACGGCAGUUGAUGUGGCACGGAAUCUGGAGGACAUGUCUGGUGUUCUCUAUGUUAAUGACACAGAGCCACUACGCAGACCUGAAUGUCAAGAGCUGCAGUUUGUGCUUGUUGCUCAGGAGCAGCAUAAACAGCUUCAGUCAAAAACAAUAGUCAACAUCAUUUUUGAAGGCGAAGCAUAUCCUUUGAGGAUAGAGGGACAGCGUUCACUGGCCUGUGCGGAGAAGAGACAACGUGGGGAGUGUGAGACAUUCAGAGGCCUGGGAACUCCCACUGGAAGAUGUCAGUGGAGACAAGGCACAGAAAUAGUGAUAUCAGAAAAUUACUCCACCUGUUCUCCAGACCUGCAGACAUGUCCAGAUGGCUACUGUGAUGUGAUUGAACGCAAAAAUAUAUCCAUAUGUCCUCAGGAUUGCACCCAUGAGCCAAUUAUUGGAGGCCAUGAGAGAGGCCUGAUGCUUGGCAUUAAGGCAGGACAUGGAACCUGCUAUUGCUAUUCGGAGAAGUGCUUUUGUGAGCAGGAUGACAUGAAAGAGGAGAUAUGUGAUGAUAUGUGUAAGACUGUCAUAGCCACAGCAGUCCUUCUGUCUUUCAUCGUCUCCAUCCUCCUCUCCUCCUAUUUCAUCCAUCGUUAUCACAAGAACACCCCCAAACCACCCAUCGCAUCAGCUGAGAUGACUUUCCGCAGGCCUGCCCAGUCCUAUCCUAUCAGCUACUCUGCCAACAACGUUAGACGAGGAUCUCUGGACUCCAUGGAAAACCAGGUGGCCAUCGACACCUUCAAAAUACCUGAGGAUCCAAAGUGGGAAUUCCCACGAAAGAACUUGGUCCUUGGUAAAACUCUCGGAGAAGGAGAAUUUGGGAAGGUCGUAAAAGCAACAGCAUUCCGACUUAAAGGAAAGGCAGGAUACACUACAGUAGCUGUUAAAAUGUUGAAAGAAAAUGCCUCUCACAGUGAGCUACGUGACCUUUUGUCAGAAUUCACUUUACUAAAGCAGGUCAACCAUCCACACGUAAUAAAAAUGUACGGAGCUUGUAGCCAAGAUGGUCCGCUCUAUCUAAUUGUUGAAUAUGCCAAAUAUGGAUCACUGCGAAACUUCCUGAGAGAGAGCCGGAAAGUGGGGCCCAGCUAUAUGGGUAACGAUGCCAACCGAAACUCCAGCUAUCUCGAGAAUCCAGAUGAAAGAGCUCUGACCAUGGGAGACCUCAUCUCGUUCGCCUGGCAGAUCUCUCGAGGAAUGCAGUACCUGGCUGAAAUGAAGCUUGUUCAUAGAGAUCUUGCAGCACGAAAUGUACUUGUAGCAGAGGGCAGGAAGAUGAAGAUAUCAGACUUUGGCUUGUCUCGGGAUGUAUAUGAGGAAGAUUCCUACGUGAAGAGGAGCAAGGGUCGUAUUCCUGUCAAAUGGAUGGCUAUUGAGUCCUUGUUUGACCAUAUAUACACCACACAAAGCGAUGUUUGGUCUUUCGGUGUGCUGUUAUGGGAAAUUGUGACCCUGGGUGGAAACCCGUAUCCAGGCAUUGCACCUGAGCGGCUCUUUAAUCUUCUCAAGACUGGCUACAGGAUGGAAAAACCUGAGAACUGCACUGAAGAAAUGUAUAGCCUGAUGCUUCGCUGCUGGAAGCAAGAACCGGACAAGAGACCAACCUUCAGUGAGAUCAGCAAAGAACUGGAGAAGAUGAUGGUGAAAAGCAGAGACUAUCUGGAUCUGGCAGCUUCCACCCCUGCAGACGCCCUGCUAUAUGACGACACUCUGUCUGAAGAGGACACUCCUCUAGUGGACUGUAAUAACGCCCCUCUCCCUCGAACCCUCCCUUCCACUUGGAUUGAAAACAAGCUCUAUGGUAGAAUUUCCCAUGCAUUCACUCGAUUCUAAAACAACAAAUAAAAUCUAUUUGUCUUUGAAUGGCUUCCAUAGGGAGGAUGUGCUGUGAUUGUGAUUGUGCUAAUGGCAUGAACGUAAGAGAUGUCUAAGAACUACCUGAGAUUUUACAAUGAGUUAGUAUGUGGUGUAAAUGAUCAGAUUUCUGAUUUUGGACCUGCUUCCGAUGUACAUGAACACAUUCACAACUUCACAUUUGCUCAUAUUUAAAGACUUUAGGAAAUGUAAGUUUGAUGGACAUUUUUGUAUAAUUUCAUAUGUUUUAGUUGUUUGUUUUGUAUUAGCUGGAUCAUUUUCACUUUUGUGAUUUAUAGUUUUAUUUGGAUUUACAUUUGAAACAGGUCCCAUCUAAAUAAAUCUGUUUACUAUGAAUCACAUACUGACAUUCUCUGUAAUAUCUUUUACAUAUUACAGAAGUUCAGUGUUUAUAGUAGGCUCAAAAUGCUGAUAAAGAAGCAGUAAGGCUUUUAAUUAAACUCUUCCAUUAUGAUUGAACAAACAAGGCUUUAGAUAUUAGUCAUUUAGUGUAUUUAGCAAUAAACAUACUUUCUAUGCAGCCAUCCUAAUGCCCCGAUAAUCAGGAAACAUGAAAAAAAUCCUUGUAUACUCGGAAAGCUGCACUGCUUUAUGUUAUUUUAUAACGAAACACCAAUAAAGAUUACUUAAGGAUAAAACAUGGAUAACACGACAUCACAGUAAGUUACUGCAUGAAUGUAGAAACACUUUUUGUAAAUAUCGGGAGCUGAGACAACUCUCAUGCACUCUUACACAUAAAUUUUAAGAUUUGUGUUGAAAAUAAACAACAUAACCGAG